UCUUAUGUAUAUACACAUGUGUGUCGUGAUCGUGGCGUUCUUGUCAGAACUCUGUACCGUAUUUAUUUUUCGUUAAAAGGAAUUCGAAACCAUCGAUAGGAAAUAUAAUUUAUUUUUACGGAGAAAGUUCCAUUCAAACGAGAUUGUACGAAUAAGCGUGCUUAAUGAUAUUGACAAGAAACGUUCGAUUUUUUCCGACACGUUCCUCUAACCUACUUUGCCAUUUCAUCGAGCCGGUUCAACCAAGUUGUGACGAAUAUAAAGGAAGUUGUUAAAAAAAAAAUACUAUAUAGCUGGUAAUGUUAAAAGACGUAUCGGUAAAACUAUAGCAUGAGAAGCAGACGUUAGGGAUAUGCAUUCGGGUGCAAAGUAAAGUAGUAAAAGUUUACUAUAAUGAGUGCAAUGGGAUCCGAUGUGCAAGGCUCUUUGAGAGAGGCUUUGUACGAAACAUUAACUGGAAUUCUCUCUCCGCAUAGAGAGACUCGUCAGGCAGCGGAGCAAAGAAUUCAAGCGUUAGAAGUUACAGAAGAGUUUGGUAUACAUUUAACGGAGUUUGUGGUAGAUCCCAAUGGACAUUUACCUAUUAGACAAUUGGCUUCUGUAUUACUAAAGCAAUAUGUUGAAACGCACUGGUCUUCUAUGGCUGAAAAAUUCCGCCCGCCUGAAAUAAAACACGCGACGAAAGAAAAAAUCAAAGAAUUAUUGCCACUAGGUCUUAGAGAAUCUAUCAGUAAGGUACGUACAGCAGUGGCUUAUGCAAUAUCGGCCAUCGCGCAUUGGGAUUGGCCAGAGAAUUGGCCAGGUUUGUUUGAUAUACUUGUAAGUUGUUUAAGCGGCGAAAGCGAGCAUGCUGUUCAUGGAGCAAUGAGAGUUUUAACAGAAUUUACGUCCGACCUGACCGAUAAUCAGUUACCCAACGUGGGUCCGGUCAUUUUACAAGAAAUGUACAGAAUAUUUCAAAGCGAAAAUCAAUAUAACAUUAGGACCCGCGGUCGCGCCGUCGAAAUAUUUACUACAAUCACGUCAUUGGUAGCUGCCACAGGAGUGUAUCAGAAAGGAUUUACAGAACAAUAUCUGCAACCGGUCAUUCCUAUGUUUUGCGAAAAGUUCGUUCAAUGUUUAAGAGUGCCUGAUGGCUCGAGCAGCGACAGUGGGCUUAAAACCGACGUUAUCAAAGCUAUAAAUUGCCUUGUUACCAAGCUACCCAAGUACGUGUCUAGCUUUUUACCGCAGAUGUUGCCGCCCAUUUGGGAGACCUUAACGCAAAGCGCGAAAAUUUAUCAGGAAGGAAUCGUGAACAGCGACAGAGAAGAGAACGACAAAGAAGUCGAUUCGGACGGCGAAAUAAUUAAUUUCAGCAAUCUGAUUAUCGCGAUAUUUGAAUUCGUUCACUCUAUCGUGGAUCACAAACGAUUCUCGAACCUCUUAGACAAUUUACUGCAAGAAGUGAUGUAUUAUCUAAUAAUUUUUAUGCAAAUAACCGAAGACCAAAUUGAAUUGUGGACAACUAGUCCCAAUCAGUUCGUCGAGGAAGAGGACGUGUACGCCUACAACGUUCGUAUCUCUGCGCAAGAACUAUUAACGGCUCUUGUAAAUUAUUCCGAGGAAAAGGCGGUGAAUGCUCUUUGCGAAGUGGUCACGCGUCAUAUCGAGGCAACAAGCAGAUUGCAAAGUGCAAACGACGGAAGCAAAAACGAGACAUGGUGGAAACUGCGCGAAUCUUCCAUUUUGGCCUUAAGUAAAGUAAAGGACGCUGUCGUGGAGAAGCACAAGGCUGGCAUGCUUCAGUUCGACAUUAUUGGAUUUUUAGAUACCGUUGUUUUAGCUACUUUGAAUGAUUUAGAGGCGCCGCCGUUACUUCUUGGUCGUUGUUUGUGCGUCGGUGGGAAAUACGCCGAGAUAAUGCCGCCAGAAAUGAGUUCGCGAUUUUUGGAAGCGACGGUAAAUGGCUUGCAAGAGAAUCAGCCUGCUUGUAUCCGUAUCAGCGCGGUGAAAGCCAUCGAUUGGUUCUGCAAAGCGUCAGCCACGGAAACAAGCAGCACUAUCGGCAAUAUCAUACGAUCCCAUUUACCGAACAUAUUUCAAGGUCUCUUUAAUUUCGCCAGCCAACCGUCCACGGAGAUUCUAACUUUAGUUAUGGAAACGCUCCAAGAGUUGGUCACGCUGGAUAAAGCGUUCACCGCUUCGGUGGAAAGUAAAAUUUGCCCGUUAACUAUAGCCGUGUUCUUGAAAUUCUAUAGCGAUCCAAUGAUACUGGACAUAUGUCAAGAUUUGUUCAAGAAUCUGACGCAAAAUCCUGACUGCAUAGGGCCGCUACAGACUCGUUUGAUACCCACGUUAACCAGCAUGAUGGCCAUUACACCCACGGAUAAAUCGAAGGAUGAGAAAUGUCGAGACGUUGCCUUGGACGUUCUACAAGUUCUAGUGCAAUAUUCACCGAGGCCGUUGAGCAGUGCGCUGGUCGAGACUGCUUUCCCCGCCGCGUGCCAUUGUAUUCUUAAUUCAGAGGACAACGAAACGCUGCAGAGCGGCGGUGAAGUGAUACGCACAUACUUGUCCGUCGCGGCGCGACAAGUUACUGUGCAUCGAGACAACGACGGGCAAACUGGCCUGCAGUACAUACUGCAGAUAGUCGCUCAGCUCCUUAACCCACAGUCGAGCGAGUUCACCGCCACUUUUGUCGGCCGACUGGUGACAACGUUGAUCAGGAGAGCGGGCAACACCUUGGGCGAGAAUCUGGAUUUGUUACUGAAGGCCGUGCUGAGCAAAAUGCAACGGGCGGAGACGUUGACCGUUGUACAGAGUCUGCUCAUGAUAUAUGCUCAUUUAAUAAACACAGAGUUCGACGCCGCUCUGAACUUUCUGUCCACCGUGCCUGGCCCCACGGGGCAGAGUGCCCUCGCGUUCGUUCUCGCCGAGUGGGUGAGCAGACAGCAUCUGUUCUUCGGCAGAUACGACCGCAAGGUGGCGACAGUCGCGCUUUGCAAGAUAUUGGAGUACGGUGUUACGCACGGCGAUAGCAGGCUGAACGAAAUCACCGUCAAGGGUGACGAGAUAUACACAGGACAAGAAGGCGUGAGAACUAGGAGCAAAGCCGAAUCACAGCCUUAUCAGUGGACCACGAUACCAGUUCUGGCAAAGAUAUUCAAGUUGAUCAUCAACGAGCUAGCGAACGACAUCGAAGCAGUUGCCGCGAAUCAGGACUCUGGCGAAUCCGAAGACGACGAGGAGGGGGACGACGAGAACGCUUUCCUGGACCCGGGCUACGAAACCAUGUUACUAUUGGAGGAAGCUGUGAACGAAGCGGAGGAAGACGAGGACGACCCGGAGUUGUUGCAAGAUUCCAUUUAUCAUCUGAACCUUAGCCAAUAUUUACGAGACUUCUUGUUGAACUUCUCGACCCACCAUUGUUUCCCAGCGUACGUUCAGCAUCUGAAUAUUCCGGAACGGAAAGUUCUAAGUAAUUUAAACAUUAAUGCAUCGUUUAUGUAAUUAAUAAAUAGAUAUAUAUUGAUGAUGAAAUUUUUGAUUUUCGUAAUAAAAUAUGCAACUUUUUAUACGUUUCCUUCUUUCUUGUAUGGGACCUAUCGUGCAACGU